UAAAGCUACUGAUACAGAACAGCCAUAGUGUAUUAUGCCUAUGUCGGCUGGCUUGGAAGUAUCCCGUUAAUAUGACAUUAGUAUUACAAAUAGCCUUCGUCCUCUGUAUACUGGCAGACAACGCUAGCUCUGAGCCAGGUAAGCUUUCCUUCGCCUCGUACUAUGGCGACCACAUGGUAUUACAGCGCGCGCCCCAGCGAGCCGUUGUGUGGGGCUACGCUUCCCUACCCGUGGGAUCAGUCAACGUUACGGUGAAGGGGGCAGGAAGUACGAUCGGAGUAAACUACACAUCACGUGUGUCCCCUCAUCCAGAAACUGGCGGGGUAUGGAGCGUAACCCUCCGACCCGUAAACGACACUAAACCCUACACUUUGACGCUGGCUGGCCGAGCAGGCACGGAGAAAAUCAGCGAUGUCUUAUUCGGGGACGUAUGGCUCUGCUCGGGGCAAAGCAACAUGCAGUUCACUGUGAAUAUGUCCUAUAACGCGUCAGUCCAGCUGGAGGAUGUAGCUAACUACACUAGCGUCCGGGUGUUCACGGCACAAGAAGCCACGUCACGUGUCGCGCUUAGAGACUUGAAAGCUGUUUUGGAACCCUGGUCCAUCCCCAGCAAAGCGUCCCUGGAGGGAAGGGAGUUUACGUACUUCUCGGAUCUGUGCUGGCUGUACGGCAGAUAUCUACAUGACCAUCUCAUGUACCCGAUUGGUUUAAUCGAUACCACGUGGGGUGAAACCGCCAUUGAGCAGUGGACGUCUUCUGCCGUACUGAAGAAAUGCAACGUUACCCCCAAGCCUCUACAUGACUCGGAGCUGUGGAACGCCAUGAUCAGUCCGUUCGCCAGCAUGUCCCUGUAUGGCGUCAUCUGGUACCAAGGGGAAUCCAACGCCCCGGAACCCAGUACGUACAACUGCACGUUCCCGGGAAUGAUUGAGGAUUGGCGCAAGCAUUUCUCAUCCAACAGUGAUACCAGGCCAGAAUUCCCUUUCGGGUUUGUGCAGCUAGGUCCCAAUCAUAAUGACUCUAGCAUCACCGCUGGAUUUCCAGACAUUCGAUGGCAUCAGACUGCUGAUGUGGGCUAUGUUCCGAACACGCUCAUGCCGAACACAUUUAUGGCGGUGGCGAUGGACCUGCCCGACUUCAAGUCUCCCUGGGAUAGUAUUCACCCCCGGGAUAAAGACACUGUCGCCAGACGACUGGUGAUGGCAGCCAUGUCAGUUGCCUACAAUCUGACAAUGGGAGAGAUACAGGGGCCCUUUCCCGAAUCCUUCCAAGUGGACAGCGCCUACAUGACGCUCUACGUUAGGUACACCAACACAGUUCUGGCGCCCAUCAGGUCUAAUCAUGGGUUCGAGGUGAUUUGCUCGCCGUUUGGCAAAUACGUCAGGUCCAAUCACGUGCAUGAUGACGCCACCUGGUCCUCCGUACCGAUAAUUCAAUCAGAUAACACUGCCAUCACUCUGGACCUCCAACAGGCAUGCGCGAACCAAACUGUGGCAGGAGUACGCUACGCUUGGCGGGAAUCUCCGUGUGAAUACAAAUCAUGCGCAAUAUAUUCGCAAUAUACCGAUCUUCCGGCCCCGCCCUAUCUCGUAGUGGGAUAUCUGCCUUAGAGGUGUCUUGUUGUUGACAUUUAUACUAACACAAAACGUGGUUAACAUGAAUCCCUGUCAUGAAUAUUAACUUCUAGAGGUGUCUUCUUUAGAAAACAAACUGCAUGCGCACUUCACUGCCGUGUGACUGUUUCCCGUAUACCCGAAACUAAGGAAACUCAUUUUUUACGCUAAUAUUAUAUUGUAUAAAUAAUUCAUGUACUACUGUUUUAAUUUGGGCUCAUUGUUAGGUUUAGAAACGGGUUUAGUACAUUUUUAAUUUUUAAUUAUUGAAGAGCUUUGCGCUUUAUCUUUAAGAUAACACAAACAAAAUCAAUAACGUAAGCGUCAUUGUUAACAUGCUUUUCAAUUAUUUCAGAAAGCAUUGUUCCAUAAUGUCUUUAAUGUGUUAAACCAAUGGAUAAAUCAAGAAAUUAAUAAGAAAUAAACACAGGUUAUAGGCCUAAUAGCAUGAUAAUAUUUAAUCAGUUGUUUAACUAGAUUAAUAAAAAGUGACAUGUUUACAAUACAGUAUACAUAAUAAUGUAAAUCACUAACGUGUGUAUCCGUUGUUUGAAUGUGACUCAAUAACUGUUCAGGAGAUUGUUAUAAUUAUUGCUAAAAAAUAUAAACAUCGCUUGUAAGCAAGAUGGAACUAAUAGUAGAUCUGGUAUGUAGGAUGAUUGUUUAGAUAAGGAUAUCAUUUUAUAUGGUCUGGAUUGUUGUCACUGACAAAUUAAUACAGCAUAUGUUAUGUGACACACGUACAUCUGUCACGUGUCCAAGCUGUGUGACACACGUACGUCUGUCACGUGUCCAAGCUGUGUAAUACACGUACAUCUGUCACGUGUCCAAGCUGUGAGACACACGUACAUCUGUCACGUGUCCAAGCUGUAAGAUACACGUACAUCUUUCACGUGUCCAAGCUGUGUGAUACACGUACAUCUGUCACGUGUCCAAGCUGUGUGCCACACGUACACCUGUCACGUGUCCAAGCUGUGUAAGACACUUACAUCUGUCACGUGUCCAAGCUGCAUGCCACGUGUUUCUAUCACGUAUUGAGGUUUAUUUGAACAUGAACAGAAGUUGCAAUUGUAGUGUUAACUGUAAAGGCUGCACGAGUUGCGCCCGUUUACUUGCAUUCAGACAUUGGUAAUCGAACGCACCUAUGGGAAGUGGGGAUGUCACUUCCGGUUUAGACAUGGAGUAAAUGGUUUGAGUUUACGCAUGGUGUUAUAGUAAUCGUAUUAAUACUCUAUGAUAGACACUUCAGCAAUCAUAGAACGCAGGCAUUGGAAAUGAAACGACAUAAACCACAUGACUUGAUGACGUUGUACGUAGACCUACUCCCAUAACAUGAGAGGCCGCUGGUCGGCCUUUUUUCAAUCGGAUAUGAUUUUGCCGACUGCGACCUCUCAUUU